CCUCCGAGCCUGUCAGAGCGCGGCUGCAGCUCCAGCUUGUGUCUACCUGCGCAGAGCAUCCAGCCGCUUCCCCCCCUGACCGGACAGACGCACUGCAGCACGCAGAGAGGAGCUGACGGAACAGACUUGCACCGAGCAGCCAGGCCGACCUGCUCCAGCUGAAAUGCUGCUGACACCAACCAGAUAUGUCCAGAUCCUUCCAGUCAUCUGUGCAGUUUGUCAUCUCACCCUGGCCUUCCCCAUCCAAACGCCAUCAGCUCACGAUGACGUGCGACAGCUGAAGCUGGACAUCCCCCAUUCAGGUCCAAUUCUUGUUCCUCUGGGCAGCUCCAUCUCCAUCCCUUGUUUCGUGUCUCUGUCCUCCUCCUCUUCUUCGUCCCCGUCUGUUGUCCCCCGGGUGAAGUGGACAGUUGUGUCCGGCGGGAUUGAGACGCAGAUCUUGGUAGCGCGGAGUUCAAGGGUGAAGAUCAAUGAAGCGUACCGCGACCGCGUGGCACUGCUGAACUACACGUCGUCCCCUGAAGACGUUUCUCUGUGGUUAGGCGAUCUGCGCCACAGCGACUCCGGUCACUAUCGCUGCGAGGUGCAGCAGGGACUGGAAGAUGCCAGCAAAGUCGUGCAAGUCAAAGUCAAAGGUGUGGUCUUCCACUACCGAGAUGCUUUGGGUCGGUACUCCUUCUCCUUCCAGCAGGCCCAGAGGGCUUGUGAGGGGAUUGGUGCUCAGGUCGCCACACCCGACCAGCUGCUUGCAGCUUAUUUUGAUGGAUAUGAGCAAUGUGACGCAGGUUGGCUGGCGGACCAAUCUGUCAGGUAUCCAAUCCAAGUGCCCCGUGAAGGUUGCUAUGGAGACAUGGACGGGCAACCAGGAGUGAGGAACUAUGGGACGAUGGAUCCAGAUGAUCUCUUUGACGUCUAUUGCUACAUAGAGCAAAUUCACGGAAAGGUCUUCAAUGACCCCGUCCCACAGCAGUUGUCAUUUGACGAAGCCCAGUCAUAUUGCAGAGCUGCGGGAGCACAGCUGGCUACAACCGCACAGCUGUACUUGGAGUGGAGCGAAGGGCUGGACCGCUGCAGUCCAGGCUGGCUGUCUGACGGCAGCGUGCGCUAUCCCAUCGUAAUUCCAAGAGAGCGAUGUGGUGGCCCACAAGCAGGUGUCAAAACACUCUACCGCUUCAGCAACCAAACCGGUUUCCCAGAGCCGUCUGACCUGCAUGAUGUCUAUUGUUUCAAAGGAUAUGGAGAAACUUCUACUGUCUCUCCAGUGAAUAAUCUGAUCACAGAAGCUGAAAACUUACAACAAAAUGUUGUUAUUCUAGUGGAACGAGAACAAGAAAUCCAUCUUAAUCAACUGGAGAAACAAGUGGAACGUGAAGCACAAAGCGAACUGGAAUCUUUACCCCUGUUGCCCGACUCUUUUACUACAAAAGAUCCACUCGACAGAAACCAAACGGUCACCUCAGACAGAGCAGAAUCUUUCCCUACUACAGCUUACGCUUUGGACUUCCUUAAACCACUAAAUGAAAGCACAGAAAUACGUUACGACUCCCAGGGUCUUCCAGAGGCAGCUGUCAGCACAAUCAGCACAACGAAGACCUUUGAUUCAACACAAAGCACAAUGAUUCCUAGCACAACGAUUCUUCCUGGUGAUGACAAUGGGACAGACUUACACCAGAACCUGAGCUUCACCUUUCACACAUCAGAGUUUGAGAGAAGCACAUAUGGACCACAGACCCAGAACCAGACAGCAUCAGACACAAACUCUACUGAGUCUCUACAAUCAACUGAACAGACAAUCCAAUACCAAGAAAUUCAGGAGACCAGUUUGGACAAAUCUCACACCAAUUACGGCGAAACCAAGAACAACCAUACAGACGUAGAUGUAGAGAAAGCGAUUUGGGAGGGGACGACUUUGGCGGCUGGUCCGUUGCUUCAGGUAAAGUUGGAAGAUGCAAUCACAGACGAUCUUGGACAGAUGAACACGACUAAGACGAUCCAAGACAAAGAAACUCCAGCCACACAAGAAACUCCAACUACUAAACUAACCAUUGAGGCCUACUCAAUAUGGACUCCCAGUGAUGGAUCCGGAGAUAUUUCCCAAGAAAGAGAAUUUGAAACGGAAGCAGCCACCUUCAUGUCCUCGUCUCAAUCCUCCGCUGCUGGAUACACCGCUAAACCGCUGGAUUCUGCAGUGGCUAGCACCACACCUCUGAGGGAGACUCCUGAUCCAACCCUGUCUUCUGUGUCACGCCAUAUGGACAAAUUGAAUUUUGAAAACCACACCGCGACACCAGACUUGUGGGAACUCACUAUUUCUAGACAGGAAGGAAGUACAAGCUUAGACACGGAGGAGGUAGAUGCAACUCAGGCUCCUAAACAGGUAGUUUCUGGAGUAAGUUUGCCUAUGACCGAAUCUCCAGAGGACUUCAAUAUCUCUCAUUCACCGUCUGAAUUUGCAACGGAACAGUAUCAGACAUUAGGCAGCUCUUAUGAAGAGGCAAGCGGAUCUGAACUUGGAACAGUUACUUCCAUCUUUCAGGAAGGCAUUAGAGUUGCAUCGCCUUUUGAGAAAACUUUUGUAGUUUCCCCAACCCAUGGCAAGGAAGAGUACAAUUCAACUUCAAUUGAAGAAGAAGCUAUUUUUUUCUCAACUGCUGUGCCCAUAGAAGAAGCUAGCCAAAGCACUGAAAAAAUUGCCACAACACUUGUUCUUGAAGUAGAAACCAUAGUUACACCAACUGUUGUCCUAGUAGAAGAAGCUAAAGUUAGCACAACAUUGGGUCUUGAAGACAGUAAAGUUUUUCCAGCUGUAGUUGCUGAAGACAAAGCUGAAGGAACACCAACAACUGCUCUUAAAGAAGAUGUUGACAUAACCCCAACAGCUGUUCUUGGAGAAGAUGUUAACAUAACCCCAACAACUGCUCUUGGAGAAGAUGUUGACAUAACCCCAAUAGCUGCUCUUGGAGAAGAUGGUAACAUAACCCCAACAGCUGCUCUUGAAGAAGACUCUAAGAUUGCAUCAACCCCAAUUUUUGAAGAAGAAACUAAAGCUGAUCCAAAUGUUGCAGAAGAAGCUAAAGUUACAACAACUGUGGUUUCUGAAGAAGCAGCUCAUGUUGACCCAACUGUUGUCCUAGAUGAAGAGACUAAAGUUAGCCCAACUGUGGUCCUUGAAGAAGUGAAAGUUGCUCCAGUUCUGGUUACCGAAGAAGACACUAAUGUUGAAGCAACGGUUGCAGAAGAAGCUAAAAUUCGCCCAACUAUGGUUCCUAAAGAAGAAGCUACUAUGGACCCAACUGUUGUCCCAGCAAAAGAAGAUAAAGUUAUCCCAACAUUGGCUGUUGAAGAAAAUAAAGUAGCCCCAACAGCUGCUCUUGAAGAAGACUCUGAAACUGCAUCAACCUCUGCAAUUGAAGAAGAAUCUAAAGUUGACCCAGAAAUUACAGAAAAAACUUCAAGUCCCCCAACUCUGGGUUUUGAGGAAGAGGCUAAUGUUGACCCAACUCCAGUCCUUGGAGUUGUUAUUGAUGAGGAAUCCAGACUUACUUCCGAAGAAAAAGCUAAAGUUGACUCAACUCUGGUUCUUGAAAAAGAAGCUAGUUUUACUCCAAGUGCUAAAGAAGAAGUUCAUGUUGUUCCCACUUUGAUUUAUGAGGAAAGUAAAUCUACCCAAAUCCCCCUCCAGGAGGAAGAAGUCAAUGUCCUGAAGUUUGACAAUUCAGAGGAAAUUACUAAUCUUUCUGGUGCCCCUGAAGAAGAAUCCAAAGUAACCCCAGCCUUUGUGACUGAUGAACUUGAAGUUACUUCAAUCUUUAAUUUUGAGCAGGAAGCUGAUGUUGCACCAACCCUUGAGGACUUUACAAUCUUUCCUGUGAAUACGCAAACAUCUAUGUGGAGUCUGUUGACUACCACAACUGAACCUCAGGAGCAUCUGAAUAGUGUAAAGAUCAGUCAGAAACCCCCCUUCAUGUCAGUGUCAGAGCCCUCAAUGAAUACCAAGUCUAUGUCUUCUGCCCCUACCAUUUCUACCCCAACAUAUGUGCCCCAGCGCACCUGGAGCCCAAGAACCACAAGACCUCACACUUUCCAGAAGACGACAGAAACCCAGAAGGUGAACCAUUUCAUCCCACCAUUGGAUCAAGGUGUGAUUGAUCUUGACAUUAUCCUCACCCAGCAACCCACCCUGCAUAACUUGCCCAAAGAGAGGGCAGCUGUAGGUGGUACAGGGGCAUUUUCAGAUGCCUGUUUGGACAACCCCUGUCUCAAUGGAGGGACCUGCACUGAGCGGGACGGACACAUUAAAUGUCUCUGUUUGCCGACUUAUGGAGGAAGGUUCUGUCAGAGCGACUUGGAGCGAUGUGAACCAGGCUGGGAUAAAUUUCACGGUUUCUGCUAUCGACACUUCAGCCAGCGCCAGAGCUGGGAGGUGGCAGAGAGGCACUGCCGCACGCAAGGAGCUCAUCUAGUGUCCAUCAUGACCCCAGAGGAGCAGGACUACAUCAACAGUAACUACAAGGAGUACCAAUGGACUGGUCUGAACGAUAAGACGGUUGAGGAUGAUUUUCGUUGGUCUGACGGAAACCCACUGCUGUAUGAGAACUGGUACCGAGGGCAGCCUGACAGCUACUUCCUGUCUGGAGAAGACUGCGUGGUGAUGGUGUGGCACGAUAACGGCCGCUGGAGUGACGUACCCUGCAACUACCACCUGGCAUACACCUGCAAGAAAGGCACCUCCUCUUGUGGGCCUCCACCAAAAGUUCGUAAUGCGUCCAUAUUCGGAAAACCGCGAGUGAGAUAUGAGACCAAUGCAGUUGUGCGGUAUCGCUGCUCAGAGGGCUUCCAGCAGAGACUGAACCCUGUGGUCCGGUGUCUGUCCGGAGGCCGAUGGGAGAGACCUCAAAUCCUCUGCAUCCCUGAAGGUGGAGAAAUUAUGCAGCACCUCGCCUUGUUGUCGCAAACCGACAGCAACUUUUCAGCAGCUGAAACUGAAUUUGAAGCCACUAAAGAGACACCACAGUUCUGGGACAUCAAGUUUUAACACCUUAAAAAUACAGUUUGGUUACUGUACCAUGACAAAAUGCAAAUUAUCUUGAAUAAUGAACCACAAAAACAAAAAAUGAUGGCAAAUUAUGAAAAUUUGCUUCAGAUAAGAAUGUGCACCAAUGAUUAUGAAUAUUUUUAACUCAUCAUGUGGCAUUUAAUUACCCCCAAAUCAAGCCAUGAUCUAUAAAUAUUUCCUAAUAAUUGUUCUUGGUGUGGUUUUUGCUAGGGUCUUUUCACACAAUGGUGCUAAGCUUUUAAGACACUUUUACAGAGUUAGAUUUUUAUUGUGUCAUGUUCGUACUUUAUCAAAGAUCCUGACACCUCUAAGUGAUUCGUCAGAUACCAAGAAAUGUUGUAUAUGUUGGUUUUCACAGCUAAAAUUACUUUCCACGUUUUUUUUUCCAACAGGAAACUUAAGAUCAAACAGACACAGUUUUGUUCGGUGGCUUUAUGUUGUAAUAAAGUUUUGUAGAACAGAGCCAAGAAUAAAUCAGUCUAUUUUACUCUCA